CAACCCGGACGAAAAAUGCGGAGGACUCCGACCUGCUCGCGCAGGCUCCGCCCUCCCAGGCAAGAAGGGCGCACGCUCCCUGACCGGAAGCCAAUAAGGGCGAGCUCGCUGGCCUUGCCUCGCUCUGGUGUCGCCCGGAGCCAAUCAGAGCGGCAAGCGUUGUGUGGCGGAAGUUGGGCCUUGGCGGAUGUUGGUGGUGCAGCAGAUAAGAUUAAAUUAAUACCUCAAGACUUUUUUGCAGAACUGUGUGAGCAAAUAAUUCAGCAUCUGAACCAGAAGAUCCCAGGUGUAAAUGUAGCUGAACUGUGUCAGAGAAUUCAAACAUCUGGGAGUGAGAUUAAUGUUGGUGACCUAGCAAAAGUAGCUAAUAUUGUUUCCUUUCUAUUCAGCACAGCAGCCAGAAACAAUCUCUCUACAGAAGAACUCGUCACCACCUUGGGCAAUACAGUCAGCGCACUGCCAAAACAUGCAGUUCAAGUUAUUCGUCAUGUAUGGAACGAGCAGGGCAAAUCCGUUAGUGUCUCAGAAGAUGCAAGAAAUAUGUCCACAGUGGGGCAGUUUGUAGAUAUGAAAUGGAAACUGGGAGUUGCGAUGAGUUCUGACACCUGCAGGUCUCUGAAGUAUCCUUAUGUUACAGUGACGCUAAAAGUGGCAGACCCUUCAGGACAAAUAACAGACAAAUCUUUUGAAAUGACAAUCCCACAGUUCAAGGUAUUUGUCAGCAUCAUCCUUGAAUUGCUGUGAAGAAUUCCUCACUUUUGAAUACUUGAAGCAAACUCUGCAGUGUUUGUGAUAAUGUGUUCAGCUUUGUUCAUCCUGGUAGACAAAAGAUCAGGAUGUGUAUGGAGAAGCAUCACUGUAGACUUUCUAAUAUCCAAGAGUAAGAAACCACACAUUUAACUGUAGAGCGUGGAAGUCACUCACAAAUGUUGACUGGGAAGAUGCUGACAGAAGCGUAAAACCCACAUUAACACUUUUGUCUGUAAAAUUGAGAUGUGCUUGGAUUCUAUAAUAUUAAGGAGUAUAUGAAGUUAUGCCUAACAUACAGUUAUUCUUGAAGAAUAGCAAUGUCAAGUAGUUAGUUGCAGGCAUUUGCAGACCUGGCUUCCAGUUGUCUUUUAGUAACAGGAGAAUGUACUUAUCCUAACAGCUUGUUUAUUUCAAAUACUUAUUUCCUAGGCUUAUAAAAAUUGAGUUAAUGCGUUAAGCUUUUCUGGAGAUGCAAAGUUUAUUCUCUGAGAAGCCCAGAGGCUAAUUUUAAGUAAAGGUAGAAAGGUGAAUUUUAUUCAAAAACAUUUAAAUAUAUUUUUGCCUUUACAUUUAAUCCAACUCUAAUCUGUGGCACUCUGCUUGAUGUUUUGAAUUGCCAGUCUACUUUCUAAUUAGAUUAGAAUACUGGUGUAGUUGCCUCGCUCCAAGCUCUGAACUAGAAAAGUCAAGCGGAAACUUGAAAAUUCAGGCUGGAGUGUUAGCCAAGCACAUCAGAGAGAGGACUGCACUAAAAUUCAGCAAGAUUUCUAUGCUUGUUGUGUUGUGACUGCUCUCAGAGAAUGUCCUAAACAGCAAAAUUUUGACUUUGAUUCUGAAGAAUGGGGGCAUUUCCAAGGGGGGAGUAAUAAAUCUGGUGUGCUUGCAUGCUGUUUUGUUUUUGUUUGGUGUUUUUACCCCUUGCAUUUUCCAUAAACAAAAUACAAAUUGCAAGUAUAGUGAUAAUAAAAAUACUGUUGCAUUUCAAGAUGGGCUGUGGUAUGGUAGAACAAGUAAAUCUGAAGAGAGGCAUUUCAUACUGGUAAGCAGACUGAAGUUUAUGUUUUAACUUAAGAAUGGUAGAGACUGAGAACCAGUUCUGCUGGGACAGAUCCUCAAGUGAUUUCAGGCUCCCUUAAGAGGGAACUUCUACCUUUUUAACUCACUUAAAUUAGAUUUCUUAUUAACUUUUUUAGAAGCUGGCUGAAAGUCAUUGAUACAGGUUAUGCCUGCCUUUUUGUGUCCUGAAAAUAAACUGCAGCACACUGCACGUGCUGCAUACUGCAAUCCUUUCACUAAAGAAGGGUACAUCCCCACUAUUUGGACAUUAUGCAUGGUGCAUAAAAGCAGUGCUUGGAGUUGCUUAGAAGAGAGAGGGGGGGAAAAAACCAACCCACACCAAAACUGUUGGCUUUAAUGAAAGACGGUAAAAGCUCUGGGCUGUGGCCAUUGAUCUGGAUGGUACUUUCUUUGUGCUGCUGAAGUCUAAGGUGUUUGAUUUGUGGCUGGGGGGAGCAGACUGCUCUUUUCUGAGGCCCUUUCAAUGGAAUGUCACAGAGUGGUCUCUGGAGCAGACUACCCAUUUGCCUUUUCCCUUGUCUGUCUGCAAGGGCUUGGGGCUGAACACAGUGAAAAAAAUCCCCUCUUCGUAUGGAAAAGUGAUGUGAGCAGCUGAUUUAUUUAUUUUUUUAAUUUGCAGAAGUUGGAGUGUAAGACUGCUAUAACUGGAAAACAUUGUCAUGCUUUGGUGUAGUGAGUUAAUUGGCUUACAUCAAUGCAAGAAUUCCAGAAAAAGAAGAAUACUUUUUUUAGUAAAGCUGUAGCCUUACAAAUACUUCCUAUUUAUUCUAAUGCAGUCAAGUUCUUCAUAUAGCUGGAAAUACUUGUGCCUUUAAUGGAACUGGAUGGAAAAUAAGAUUUAAUUAAAUCAUGUCUUAACUUCUAGAAACAGUUAUUUAGUGGACGCUGGAAGGUAAUGAGGAAACUUUCAGUUACCGUUUUUGCAUGGUCUAUCACCAAGAGGAGAAAGUUGGAAGCCUUUGAAAAGUCUAACUUUCCAUUUUUGUCAAGGCAGAUAUUCUAGAAAUAUUAAUGAAUAUUUUUGUCAUGUCCCUGAACUCUAGCAUGUAGUAAGUCUGUCUGAAAGAUGCCUAGGCAUUUAUACUAUACCAGCUUACCGUCUGAGAAUUUUCAGAGGCGUUUGUGGACAUCUAGGAGAUGUGAUUAUAAGUUGGUUAUGUACUCAAACUUGUGAGAUUUGUCUUGAGUGCUGUCAGUAGGAAUUCCUAUACAGAGUAAUGGAAGAAUUAAGUAUUAAAAAAAUAACCAAGCCAACAACCCAAAACCAAACUAAAAACCUAAGUUUGCAGGGUAGCAAUAUUAACAUGCUCAAACAAGCUGUUGAGUUGUUUGUCUAUAUGUGCAAAACCCAGAUCUUUUCAAAGAAUAUCAGGAGUCCUUGUGUGUUCCUAAUUCUACUUGUUGAUUGAUAUGAAAUUGUAUAACACAAAUAUUUUUGUAAGUCCACAGUCAUUAAACAUAUGGGUAACAAAGCUAAA